AUGGCAGGCGAGGAUGAGCACUAUACGGUUCUGGGGCUGCCUUCAGGAGAAGAUGGGUUUAAGCUGUCGUCAGAGGAGAUUCGUCGAGCGUACAAGAGGCCCGACGACGAGAAGGCAAAACAAAAGUUCCAGAAGCUGCAAUCCUCCUACCAAGUGCUCAAGGACCACACAUCGCGCAACCAAUACCAUCGUCGCCUUCGCCUCAAGAUACUGCAGGUUCGUCGUCGUCGUUCCUCCUCCGAGCCAAAGAAGAAGAAGAAGCAGCAGCAGGCCCACCGCCCCAAUGUAAGUCUUGUGGAGCAGAUCAUGCGGCGGCGCAGGACUGAUGAGGAGCAGCUGAGGCGAGAUCUGGAACGACGGCGACUUCUAUUUGAAGCGCUCAAGCAACGUGCUAGAAAGUAG